GGAUGGUCCACACCUCAGGGAGUCAGAGAGAGAGAGGACAGAAAAACAGAAAGCGCUCUCUCUCUCUCCUCCUGAACUCCCCAGCAGUGUGCACAGCACAGUGUGCGGGAUGGAAAGCACUCGAGGUGGCUCUUCUUGUUAUCAGAGGAAUGACGUAAUGAUCUCAGACAGCUCCGGUGUUUGUGUGAAGUUCUGAAACAAGUUUCACUUCAAGUCCGCGCGUGUGCGUGUAAACACCGCUUCACCGCGCGCGCACGGAAAUACCCGGACAAAACAGGAACGCGCGCACCCAGAACCGGAACCGGAACCGGACCUUCAUCUGGACUCCGAACCGCUCCUCGUGCGUUAUGUGAAAAAAAAAAGGGAAUAAUAAUAAAAAAAAAAAAAGAAAAGUUGCGUGAAUCGGAACUCCUGAGAGGCAGACAGCUGGCGCGCGCAUGCGGUCGGUGAUGACGGUGCUGAUGUGGAGGCCCGCGCGCCUGCUCGCGCUCUGUUGGCUCGUGCUGGUGGGCGCGCGCGGGGCUCAGGUGCGAGCCGACAGAUCGCCGCGCGUGCCGAGCAUGCGCCGUGACGAUUUGUUCCGCCGGGAUGAGGUCAUCAAGGUGACAACAAGCGGCCAGAUCCAGAGCCCACGAUACCCAAAUGCAUACCCGCACAACCUCCUGCUGUCAUGGAAACUGCUGGCUCCACCCUUCACGCGUGUUUUGCUGGAGUUUGAUGGGAGGUUUGGUUUGGAGGCGCCUGUGAAUAACAUUUGCAGACAUGAUUUUGUGAAGAUUGAUGACAUUUCAGAAAGUAGCACCAUCACCUGGGGUCCCUGGUGUGGACGGAAAGCCCCGAAUCCCAUCACGUCCAAAAACAACAUGAUCAGAAUCACGUUCAAAUCUAAUGACUUCUGUGUUGCCAAGCCAGGAUUCAAACUCUGCUACUCCCUGCUGGUUGAUGCUCCUCCAUCUUAUUUGAAUAUCUUAGAUGCUGUCACAGUUGUGUCGGAUGAUGUGCCUGUCUCUAAUGAUCCAUUAUCAGCUGAUACUUUGGAUGAUAUCAUUGCGGGGUUCAGUACAGUGGAGGAGGUUCUUAGACACCUGAACCCAAACACUUGGAGACAGGACCUGGACUCUAUUUACACAAAUGCACAGACACAACAGUACAUACCACGGAGCUACCAUGCCAACCGUGCAAACAAACUUGAUCUGGAUCGUCUGUAUGAGGACGUGAGGCUGUACAGCUGCACACCACGCAAUUUUUCCAUAAAUCUGCGAGAAGAACUGAAGGUCACCAAUGCUGUGUUUUUCCCACGAUGUCUCUUGGUGAAGCGCUGUGGUGGGAACUGUGCUUGUGGGACACAACAGUGGAACUCCUGCACCUGUAGCCCUGCCAAAACAGUCAGCAAGCUCCAUGAGGUGCUGAUGUUCUCUCCAGGACCAAAUUUCUACAGGAAAACCAAAGCAACCUGGACUGUCAAGGAAAUCAACCUGCAGCAUCAUGAGCAAUGCGAGUGUGUGUGUCACUCUCGGCCACCUCGAUGAGAGACAAACACAUAUAAACACACACACACACACACACACAGUAUUUCAAACAGUAACUGAUGUAGCUAAUAUAUCUUUCUCUUUGUUUGUCUGUAUUUUUGUAGUUUUUAUCAGUCUUCACACAUAAUUAUUUAUUUCUGUUUUAUGUUUACCUUCUUGCGAACAAAGACAAUGGGACCAGGACUGGUCUUUCUUUUACACACACACACACACACACACACACACACACACACACACAUUCCAGUCAUCUCCCCGGUUCAGGAAAAGGAGGGCGAUUUCACUUGUUAUCCAAAACAGUACAUUCCCCUCAUACCAGCCCUUCCUCACUCACUCUCUCUUUUUCUCUCUCUCUCUCACACACACACACACACACACAUAUAUAUAUGCACAGAGCUGAAAAUAUGAUUUGUGUAGUUCUGGGUGAGAGAUUUUUGGGUCUGUGCUGGUUAAACAGCCACGCUCAAAUUCAGUUAUUUUCUGUUUCAUUUGUCUUAAGAAAAACAAUAAACAGAUUUUUGAGGUUCAGCUUUCA